AGUCAUAAAUAUAAUCAUCAAGUCGUGCUUCAUAUUUGCAAGAAAAUGAUAUCUUUUUUAAUUAUAAUAUUUCUCUUAUUAAUAAUAUAUAAAAUUUAUAAAUCUGUCAUUCAUGUAUCAUCCAAUACACCACCAUGCCUUCCACGAUUGCCAAUAAUAGGAUCUUAUUGGCAUUUAUUAUGGCAUGAUUAUGAAUAUCCUUCUAACGGUGUCAUAUAUUAUGUAAAUAAAUUACAAUCUAAAAUUGUUACAUGCUAUUUCGGUAGUUAUAAAACUAUCAUCGCGAACGAUUAUAAAAGUAUUAAAGAAAUAUUAACAAAACAAGAAUUUGAUGGAAGAGCGAUCAACGUAGAAAUUCUUGAAAGAACAUUUAAAGAAUCGUUAGGUAUCUUUUUUACUGAAGGUACAUUAUGGCAUGAGCAAAGAAGAUUUGCUCUCCGACAUAUGAGAGAUUUUGGAUUUGGUAGAAGACACGAAAUAUUUGAAACCAAUGUGAUGGAAGAAAUAGCAAUUUUAGUUGAUAUGUUAAAAGAAGGCCCCAUUAACGAUGAAGAAAAGAAAUUUUUAAAAAAUGGAUAUGCAUGUUUUCCGGAUAUCCUAUAUCCAUAUGUUACAAACGUUAUAUUGAAUAUAAUGUUUGGUGAAAGAUAUGAUCGUUCAAAAUAUCAUAAAUUGAUAUAUUUUUGUGAAUCUUCUAUGAUGUUUCAAAAAGCACUUGAUACUAGUGGAGGAGCACUUUUCCAAUUUUGGUUCUUGAAAUAUUUCGGAAACAUGUUUGGAUAUACAAAUGCAAUAAAAGGAACUUAUCGAAUGAUCAAUUUUGUUAAGGAGUAUAUAGACAACAGAAAAGACUUAGAUGAUUGCGAUAGAGGUUUCAUUGAUCGAUAUUUAAAAAUUUUAAAAGAAAAGAAUAAUAUAACGUCUACUUUCUCUGAGAAACAAUUUAUUAUGACUCUUGUCGAUUUCAUGUUCCCAGCUACAUCUGCAUUACCAAGUGCUCUUGUACAUGCAAUCAAGUUUGUAAUGCAUCAUCCAAGAGUAAUGAAAAAUAUACAAGAAGAAAUAGAUAAAGUAGUUGGAACUGGAAGACUUGUUACAUGGAAUGAUAGAAAGAGUUUACCAUAUACUGAAGCAACAAUACGCGAAUCACUCAGAUGCGAAACAUUGACACCAUUUAGCGUAUUUCAUAAAACUUUAAAAAAAACUACUCUCUGUGAUUACGAUAUUCCUAAAGAUACAUUAGUUGUCACGAAUUUAGCAGCGCUAAAUACUGAUCCUGAUUUAUGGGGUGAUCCCGAAAAUUUUAGACCUGAAAGAUUUCUUAAUGAAAAUAACGAAUUGUGUAAAGAUUUCACUUUUCCAUUUGGAUUUGGACGUAGGGUUUGUGCGGCUGAAACUUAUUCAAGAUAUCAUAUGUUUGAGGUAUUCGCAGUAUUAAUGCAGAAUUUCAAUUUCUCGUUUGUGGAAGGUGAACCGACAGGACUUAAUGAUAAACAAUCAGGUUUAAUCGUUACUCCUAAAAGAACAUGGAUUCGAGUAAAAGUACGUAAUACUUAAAGAAACAAUUCAUAAUAUUGAAUAUCAAACAUAGAAAUGAUAAGUUCAUAAUUAUAUAUAAUA